AUGCCGUCAGCAACGAAGCGGCCCGUCCGCAUUGCAGGAUGUUCGGGCGGGUUCACAGAUCGAUACCUUGCACUGACACGGAUGGCUGGUGAUCCGGAGGUGGACGCCAUUAUUGGAGAUUGGCUCGCAGAGAUGACUAUGGUGGUCCAUGGAACUGGAAAAGCAAAACGACAGGCUGAAGGCCCCAGCAAACGACAAGUUAAUGGAGACGCAAAGCAACAGAGCCUCGAAGAGCGCAAGAAGACGGCAAUGUACGCCGAGACGUUCAUGCAGUGCUUUGAGCCUUGCAUCGACAACUUGGUCAAGAACAAGGCUAAGAUGUGUGUCAAUGCGGGUGCCAGUGACACUGAGCUGCUGACCGAGGUCGUCUUGCAAACAUUAAAGGAACAUGGUGCCGAACACCUGAAGGUGUCGUGGAUCUCAGGUGACGACGUUACGCCUCAGGUUCGCAAGCUCAUGCAGAAAGGCGAAAAGUUUGAGAGCUUGAUGCACGGGAAAACGCUGGAGGAGUUGGGAGCAGACCCCAUAUGCGCGCAAGCCUAUCUUGGUGGGCUUUGCAUUGCAGAAGCCUUCAGGGAUGGAGCCGAUAUUGUGCUGUGUGGUCGUGUUGCGGAUGCGGCACCUGUUAUCGGCGUUGCAGCUUGGUGGCACGACUGGAGAAACGACCAGUUUGACGAGCUCGCUGGCGCGCUCGUGGCUGGUCAUCUCAUUGAAUGUGGUUCAUAUGUCACAGGGGGUUUCUACUCAGAGUUUAAAGAUCUAAUCAAGACCGGUAAACACGUCAACAUGGGCUUCCCUAUAGCAGAAAUUGAAGCAGACGGAAAUUUCAACAUUGCAAAAGAAAAGAACACGGGCGGAUGUGUCACAGUACGCUCAUGUGCCUCCCAGCUCCUCUACGAGAUCCAAGGACCACUCUACUACAACUGCGAUGUAGUCGCAGAUCUGACUGGCAUCAAAAUGGACCAAAUUGGUGAAGAAAUCGUUCGCGUGACCGGUGUCAAGGGCCUUCCACCUCCUCCUACCACCAAGGUCGGAAUUACGCUACCAGGUGGCUUCCAGGCUGAAUGGCACAUUUGGCUGUGCGGCCUCGAUAUCGAAGAGAAGAUUCAAAUCACAAAAGACCAGAUCCUGUACACUAUUGGCGACGACAUCAAGCGCUUCACGAAGCUCAAGUUCCAGCAAAUGGGCUCCUCGAUAUGCGAUGGGGCCCCAUCGCAAGACUUUGCGACGAUUGACUUGCGUAUAUUUGCGCAGACGCGCGAUCCGGAGCUGCUGCGGCCAGAUGUGCCGAAUGGAUUUAACCGAUGGGUGCUGGAGACGUUCCUGCAGAGUGCACCGGGAGCUUCUCUCAGCAACGAUCUUCGCCAGGUCGUUCCCAAGCCUUUCUACGAGUACUGGGUAUCCCUCAUGCCCCAGGCCGAACUCGGCGUCAAGGUACACAACACGUUUGGUUCCCAGAAUGUUCGGGAGCUGCCUCCGCCAGCUGUGACCGAGGAAUAUCCAAGACAACAGCAGUCGUAUGAAACCAGCAAUCCUGUGCCACUUGAUUCGUUCGGCGAGACUGUGCUCGCACCUCUGGGGUACAUUGUAGCUGGAAGGCGUCAGAGUGGAGACAAGGCCAGCGACUGCAACAUUGGCUUCAUCGCACGCCACGACGACGAAUAUCAAUGGCUGCAGAGCUUCUUGACUGUCGACCGCAUCAAGAAUCUGCUCGGUGGAGAGUACUCUGGGAAUCCUAUCGAUCGGUUCGAGAUACCAGGCAUCCGAGCAGUUCAUUUCUUGCUCCACGAUCACCUCGACGGAGGAUAUAGUCAGUGCUACAAGUUUGAUACGCUGGGUAAGAAUGCGAUUGAGUUCUUGCGCGCAAAGACUGUGGAGCUUCCGAAGAGGUUCCUCGACAGAGGCAAGAUCUGA